UUACCACUGACGAGUUUGCAUUGACAGCCUCCAACCACUGGAAUGUCUUUAUUCAUCAUGCAGAACUUGCUGAAAUAUAUACUGAGGCUCUGGAAGACAGUUUGUUCUUGGAACAUGAAGAAAGACUUUGCCAUGAAGAUGAAAGAAAAAUUGCUGAUAUCCUCAUGCAUUCCUAUGUUUCUAGAUACUGGGUAACCGUGAUUGCUCAUGCAUGCAGAAAACUCAUGACCUCCUCUUUCCUCUUACAAACAAGCUGGAACAGUAUAAAUGAUUGA